GAUUGAUAAAGAGCAUUUAGCGAAAUACAAGGCCCUAUGCAGGUACAACCCAAACGAUGGCGAAGUACCAUUUUGCUAUGCAGAAACGUUAUUCAUGAAACCUUUGAUAGCAUUGAUCACAUCUUCAAAGUUCGCCCUUUCACCAAUCGGUCUGAUACAUAUCCGGCAGAAUAUCAAACAGUGGAUUCCGUUACAAGAAUACAUGAAAGCCAAAUUUACUCUUGAAUUAUCGGUAAAACAGUAUAGGCAAAAUGAGAGGGGAAUCGAGGUAGAUAUUAACCUGCGGACUAUGGUAGGUAGCACGUGUGUCUGGGAAGGCACGAUGACGCUUCUGUCCCGAGCUAAACAGGGAAAAUCGAGAGGACGACCAGAACGAAGAAACCACGAUAAAGAAAUCAUCUAUAGAUUCGAUGACGAUUUUGAGGUGCCAGCAAGCUGCGGGGUCGACUAUGCUAAGUUAACGGGUGACUGGAAUCCGCAUCAUUUGUAUAGGUGGAGCGCGUGGUUGCUAGGAUACCAAAAACCUAUAGCACAUGGCAUGUGGACAUUGUCUAGAGCCAUUGCAAAACUACAAGAGCGUUUUGAGAUAACAUUAGAUGGACGGUACGAGGUUUCUUGUGCGUUUAAGCGUCCAUUGUUUAUGCCGGGAAGUGCUGUGAUGAAGUUUGAUGACGGAUCAAUGAUAUCUGAGUAUUCCGACUGUAACGUUUUAGUGGAGGAGAAGGGAACCAGCAUUCCUCAUCUGACGGCCACUAUAAAGAGUCUGUGAGAUAUACUCAUGUUCGAAGAAUAAAUCCAUGUCAUCCAUUAGUAACUAUUUAAUGUGAGAUAAAGAAAAUAAGUUGUUUUUGUAUCUUAACAAUUAACCUCAAAGAAAUAUAUGUUAUAAGUUGAUAAUGCUGUUUUACACUAGCAAGAAAUAUGUAAGAAAAAAAGAACGAAUGUUUUACUUCUGAAUAACUGCAAUAACUUAUUCCUAAAACAACACAUAGUUAAAACAAAUCUUAUCUAUCCGUUUAACAAGAUAAACUAGACAGAAUCGAAGUUAACGGGAUGGUUUCGCAAAAUGUUUAUUUUAGAUAAAAUAUCAGGAAUUUGACAUGUUUGUAAACACAGAUGUCAGAGUCUCUUUUAAGUUUAAUAGAUGCAAGUUACAAAUAGGUCCAAAUGUUCUUUUUUUGUGUGUGCAAAUAAAUUAAAUUUAUAAUAAUGACUGCCACAGGAACGAAUAUAUACAUACUUACAAUAAUACACAACCUGACUGUACUAUUAUUAUUGUAGUAAGGUUGGUAUUUUUAGAAAUCUAUCAGAACUUUGAUUAUCAGCUGAUGUAAUUAUAGUUCUACAGCAAAGAAAAAACAUGAAGAGAAAAGGAACUGGACAAAAUGUGAAGAACUAGCAAGAGCAGGCCCUACACAUGUUGUUGAUUAUUCAUUUUUAAAAAUGAAAUGAGCCAUGCUUUGUAAUUAGAUGACCAUCUCAAUUAAUGGUGUCAAGUAAAAAUGAAAAUGAAAAAAAAAAUGAUGAGCUUUAAAAUUUUUAGUGGUCAUAAUUUCAAUAAUUUGUAUGAAUGUGCAUUUACUUGAAUGACAAAUAAAGAGAUAGUACACAUCAAUUAGGGACUCCAUGCAUUAUUAUGACAUUUUAUUGUGACUGCUAAAGUCAGUUCAAUGUUUUAUUUACUUUAUCUUUAUGAGGUAUGAAAUGCUGUGUACUAUUUCUUAUUGUAUAUUUGUAAUAGGGUUUGUAAGCGAACAGACGUGAUUCUGAAAAUGUUAUGAUUAAAAUGCCAACAAACAUUAAAUUAAGACGGAACACAUUUUUGAAGGUAUCAUGUAUUAGUUCUCGGUCAUAUUAUAUUUAUAAUUAUAUAUAAUUUGAUAAAAAUGAUAUUGUUAAGAUUUUUAAGACUUGUUCAACUAUUUGGAUUAUAUGUAUGGUAUGUAUUGGUCAUGGCUAUCAAAAUUUGUAUGAAACAUGACCUAAAUUAAAAGUGUAUUGUUGAUGCUUGUUUUCUUAAUUUACGAUAUCCUAAUAACAUGCAAUAUAUGUACCCCCGAAGUCCCAACAUUUGAAAUUAAUGGCCUCUAGAUGACAUAUUUUUCUGUCGUAAUACUUCAGCAGUUGACUGUGUUAAACUGAACUUUAGGCAGGAACUUCUGAUAAUUGAGCCGUGUCACGACAAAACCAACAUAAUGGGUUUGCGACCAGCAUGGAUCCAGACCAGCCUGCGCAUCCGCGCAGUCUGAUCAGGAUCCAUGCUGUUCGCUAUCAGUUUUUCUACUUGUAAUAGGGUU